GUACCACCUGUUUCAAUUUGUAUCCAUAGCAUUCAGUUUAAUACAUUUCUAAUCACACGCUGCUUUUAAAAUAAACGGAGUCGUUUGAAUUGCAGUCUUCAAAUCGACAAAAGUGGAUAGCUGAAUAAUAGAAAGGCGCUCUUUGUUGGAUGUAUUGAUGCCACUGCUGGUCACCGAGGCUGCUGCUGCUGUGGAGGGGAUUAAGUUGAAUGCUAACGUUUAAAGCAUCUCUGCGUGUAGUUUUUUGUUCUUUUUAGAAAAAUGCCACUGGUCUAUUGCAUGUCAUAGAUGUGCUGAUGUCAGUCAUUGUGGCCUGAAUGUGCAUGGGUAACAGUAAUUGAACGAAAUAACACAAUAGCUUGUUAUGUUGAACUGUCAAAUGAAUCAAACUAGCUAGCUAUCCUGUGUCUCGAGCUAGAUUGUCCAGCAAAGAAGUAGGUUAUAGUUGCCAUAAUGAAAGUAAGUUCGUCUGUUUUUGCGUCGUUUUGCCUCAUAUUUGAGCUAUUGGGCCUUGCCCUGUUUUUAAGAGGAUUUUUCCCCGUUCCUGUCAAGUCAUCAUUCUCAUCUAAGAAUAAACUGUCUGACCUGCCAGCUGAACCCUUGGCAGGGAGUGGUCCCAAUUCAUCCAAAGUCCCCCCGCCCCUGUUUAAAAGGGUGGUGAUAGUACUGAUCGAUGCCCUCAGAGAGGACUUUGUCUUUGGACCCAAUGGAAGAAAAUAUCUGCCGUACACAAGGCACCUGGUGGAGCGAGGGUCCACUCUCAGUUUUGUGGCCAAGGCUAGACCACCCACCGUCACAAUGCCGAGGAUCAAGGCCUUGACCACCGGCAGUAUCCCCGGCUUCAUCGACGUCGUGAUGAACCUGAACUCGCCCACGCUCCACGAAGACAACCUCCUGUGGCAGGCCAAGACGGCGGGCAAGCGCAUCAUCUUCUACGGCGAUGACACCUGGGUGAAGCUCUUCCCCAAGCACUUCAUGGAGUACGACGGCACCACCUCUUUCUUCGUCUCCGACUACACUGAGGUGGAUAACAACGUGACGCGUCACCUGGACAGCACUCUGAAACGGGACGACUGGGACAUGCUGAUCCUGCACUACCUGGGCCUGGACCACAUCGGCCACAUCAGCGGCCCGCACAGCUCACUCAUCGGGCCCAAGCUCCUGGAGAUGGACGACGUGCUCAAGAAGAUCCACGCUGCCCUCAUCUCAAAGGAAGCGGAGGGGACACUGCCCAACCUGCUGGUGCUGUGUGGGGACCACGGCAUGUCUGAGACGGGCAGCCACGGCGGUUCGUCCGAGCCGGAGAUCAACACUCCCCUGGUGCUCAUCAGCCCUGCUUUCAAACGCAAAGCGGGCAUGGAGAAGCCCAGUGUGGUGGAGCAGGUGGACCUGGCCCCCACCCUGUCUCUGAGCCUGGGUCUGCCCAUCUCCCAGAACAGCGUUGGGCGGCUGAUCCCGGCCGUGUUCCAGGAGACGGCGCUCAGAGAGCAGCUCCGCGUCCUCCACCUCAACGGCCACCAGCUCAGCUGCCUGCUGCGGGACAGCACCCUCGCCUACCAGAAGGAGGAAGGCUACGAGCUGUUCCGCGUGGCCGAGAAGUCCCACGGCAACUGGAUGAAGCUGUACCUGGAGGGCAACACGUCGGAGACGCUGUCCAACAUGGGCCGCAAGGUGCUGCGCCAGUACCUGGAGGCCCUGAGGGCCAUGAGCUCGGCCCUCAGCAGGCAGCUGGGCAAAUACGACAUGUACUCCAUGGUGGUGGGCACCGUCCUGCUCGUCCAGAUGCUGCUGCUGCUGCUGCUGGCCAUGCCCGAGGCCCUGAGUGGCGCGGCGGUGGUGGAGGUUCCGGUGGGCGCGGCGCUGACGUCUCUGCCCUUCUACCUGCUGUGCCUGCUGUGUGCCGCGCUCCACGUGGCGCUCUGCACCUCCGCCAGCGCCUCCUGCUACUUCUGCGGCCUCCCCUGGGCCCUAGUGUUCGCCGCCGUCGUCUGCUCCGCCGCACUCGCCUGCGCUCUCGUCACCAUGGCAGCCAGAAGGCUCGCGCCGGCAACCAGGUCUCCCUCCAAGGUGUGGUCGGCGGGCUGGGAGCUGUCUGAGCUGGACGUGCUGCUGCUGCUGGGGACGGUGGGCCACACGCUGAGCCUGGGCGCGUCCAGCUUCGUGGAGGAGGAGCACCAGAGCUGGUACUUCCUGCUCAACACGCUGUGCCUGGCCGUCUUCCAGGACGUCUGCCGCAAGUACUUCCGCGAGAGGCGGCGAGCCGGCCAGGGGGGCGGUGGCGGUGACAGCGAUGACGAGGAGCAGCUGCUCCCCUCCUGCAAGGCCGACGACCCCAACGCGUCGCCGCUGGCCGACCUGGGCGUGAGCAGGGGCUCGGAGAAGUGGCUGGCCCUGGCCACCCCACCCCUGACCCUGGCCUGCUGUCGGCUGUUGCGCUCACUCAACCAGACGGGCAUCCAGUGGGCACACCUGCCUGACCUCAGCCACUGGCUUAACAGUGGUGACCAUAAGGUGGUCCUGUCGUUGCUGUCGAUGGCGUCGCUGGCGCUGGUCUUCGUGCUGGUGCAGCGCAGGUGUUCCGGCGUGUCCAAGAUCGCCCUGGCGCUCGGCCUCCUGGGAGUCUACAGCUACCGCGCCGCCGCCGGCUCCGUCCUGUUCCCAUGGCAACACAGCAGCCGCGCCGCGUCCAAGGGCACGAUGGAGGCGCGCUUCGUCUACGUCUUCGUGCUGGGCAUCCUCUUCACCGGCGCCAAGGACCUGCUCCGCUCGCAGCUGGUGGCGGCGGAGGCUCGUCUGCGUGGGCGUGGCCUGUGGGAGGUGUACAGCGGCGUGGUGCUGCUCAUCGCCCUGCUGCUGCGGCCGCACAACCUGCCCACGCUGGCCUGCUGCCUGCUGGUCCAGGCGCUCAUGGCCCAGUUCAUCUGGAAGAGGCUCCACUACGACGCCGCGCAGACCACCAUCAUGCACUACUGGUUCGGGCAGGCCUUCUUCUACUUCCAGGGUAACUCCAAUAACAUAGCGACGGUGGACAUCUCGGUGGGUUUCGUCGGGCUGGAGAGCUACGUGGAGGCGCCGGCCAUCUUCCUGACGGCACUCAGCACCUACGCCGGACCCCUGCUCUGGGCCUGCCACCUGGUGUGCUACCUCAGCUCCGAGAGAGACAGUAGGAGUGGUGUGGCGCUGGGUCAUGGCUGCUACUGCUUUGCUGUGCUGCGCUCGGUGCCGGCGGUGUUCUACGUGCUGCUGGUGACGGCGCUGCGCUACCACCUCUUCAUCUGGAGCGUCUUCUCCCCCAAGCUGCUGUACGAGGCCAUGCACACACUCGUCACCGCGCUCAUCUGCGUCUUCUUCACCUUCAUGGACCAGAGUCCGUCCGCCAGCAGAGCCUAACACCACCUCCUGCUCCUCCACCACCUCCUACUCCUCCACCUCCUCACCUACUCCUCCACCUCCUCCUUCAGCCUUACCCCAGCAGAGCCUAACACCACCUCCUACUCCUCCACCUCCUCACCUACUCCUCCACCUCCUCCUUCAGCCUUACCCCAGCAGAGCCUACCACCACCUCCUCCUUCAGCCUUACCCUGCACCACCGUCCCCUCCCCCUAACACCACCCAGUCCCCGGCCCACUCAUGCCACACUCCACCCGCCCCCAGGCCUCUGAGGUGGGAACCCAUAAACCAGGCCGGGAGGAGGGCUGGAGGCAGAGCUGGCUGGAUGAAAGAGUGUGAGGUCUGGGGUGGAGAUCACAGGUCCAGCACAGACAUGAGCAGAGAGACUGAAGGAUGGUGAGAGCUUCUGAAGCACACAGAGCGUACAGAGAGAUCUGCAGAUGGUAUGCCGAGGUUGGCGUCUCCCCUCCUACAGAGCAGCGCUAAGCUAAGCUAAUUUGCAAACUAAAGGAUUACAGAAUAUGUGUGUGGUCUACGUGAGAACGCCACUGUUUGCUUCACUCAGGAAAAGAUUCCUCUGAAUGUAACUUCUGAAAAAGCUACAUUUACCAUUUAAAAUGUUGUUUUUUUCACUAGUAUUGUACCUUACUUUCAGUGGUAGACCAUCACACUGUAUAAGAGAUCAUAAGGAUAAGAAUUUAUUAGCCUGUUGUGACUGAUAUGACAGAUAGGUUUAAGGACUGGCAUAACCAACAUAUCAAACUGUGACUUGUUAGAAUAUAUUUCUUCACCGUCUGGCAGAUAUCCCUAAAGUUCUAUAGUACUAGACUGAUUUAUUAGACAAAGUAACAUAUUGUAUUGCAAGGGGUUUUUUUAGCCUCUCAGAACUUUCUUAAUACAGUCGCAAUAAAAAGUCAUUCCACUUAAUCACAAACUGAGCAGGAACUGUGCUAAGGUUCUAAAGUUCAACCUCUUCAUAAGGAAAAGCCACGACGCUCAGCAGAAAUUCCUCCUCCUAUGAUAACAGUUAAUGGAGGUGCAUGUAGAACUAGAAUGGUUAGAAGUUAAAACCACAUUCACAGAUAACUCUGUCCCAUUGAUAAUAUAUCAUGAGUUAGCAGUUCUUAUUACCGUAUUACUACCUAUGACAUCACUCAUUAUGGAUUAAAAAAUGUAAGCUAUCUAGGACAAACCCGGAAGCCAUAGCAAUAUGUCUAAGAGACAGCACGAUAACUCACACAGAGCUGACAUAAACAUUAUUUGAAUCUUAUUAUACAUUAUUGUCCAGCAUUUUUGCAAAUCAGAUGCAUUUAAUGGUGUCUAUUCAGUUACAGCAGAAAGUUAACAGCUGAGAUGUUUUUCCCUUUCUGAACCUUACAGCAUUUCGCCACCAAACACAAUUGUGUGCUCGGAAAUAUAAACAUUUGCAGUUUUACAUUAUAUGAGGAUAUAUGUGAGGGCUGUGAUAUUGAAU